AUAGUAAAAUAGCGAUCUCCAAUGAGCCAAUAAUCUUCUACUUCUAAUUAUUAUUUAAAUUCUGCUCGAUGUACUUUUUGGACGAACCCUUACAUCAUCAUGUAAUAAAUUGUGUCAUCAAAAGAAAUUUUUUGAAAAUAGAUAUACAGAUAUAAACAUAGACAUAAUUAUCCAAUUAAAUACCUGAAUGCAACCACAUUGGCAAAAAUGUCAAAUAAUAAGAGAUUUAAUGACUUACUAGAUAUAUUUGAUAAAUAUAGUAACUUAUUUGAGUUAAACGCAAACUCCAAUAAACUUAAACGUACAAUUGACGGCAAACCAGCAAUGGUUUUCAAAGACAAUCAAUAUGAAAACAGUAGAUUUUUUGACGCUUUAGCAAGAAUUUUAAAUGUACAAGGCGAUUGCACAAGUAUUUUUAUUUCCAAUAAUUGUUUAAAUGUAUCUUUUAACGCAAAUGCUAAUAAAACGCCUAAAAAGCUUGUUAAAUAUUUUGUUAAAUUAAUUAAACUUUAUAAAUCAAACGGAGUGGAAAAAUCACCAAUAUUUGUACUUGCUUUACAUAUGUCCAAGUUGUUUAACAAGACUUAUAAGGCAUUUAUUGAAGAACUCAAAAUAAAUAACUCUAGUGAAAACCCUUUACUGUUGUUUGAAAAAUUAAACAAUUUUCUUCAAAAGCUUGACUCGAUAAAUGAUAAACAAAAUUUUACAAACUUUCUUAACCAAAUUCAAAAUUAUGGUAAUCCUUAUGAUAUGUUUUGUCAAAUUGAAGAUUCUUCCUGUAGCGAAAGUUUACGCAUCAAGUAUUAUUCCUUGAUUAAUUGUUGGUAUAGAAUUACUCAGGAUGUCGAAAAAGUUUUGUACGUGUUUAAAAAUGAUAUUAAUAAAGUAAAAAAGAUUGGGCAAAUUUGUGAAAAUCCGAAGAACUACCAUGCUGAAAUUGCUUUAGUUACACAGUUUAUUUGUUCGAAAAAAAGAAUUAAAUAUGUUGGAGUAUCAAAACUUUGUUGUAAUUUGUGUCACACCACUCUAGACCUAUUGGAAAUAAAACAUUUAGGUACACAUAAUAGACUACACGCUGGCCGAACAUGGAAACUUCCAAUUGAUAUUUUAGGUGAAAAUCAUUUACAAACUUUAAUUGAUGUAAUAAAAUAUUUUUUUAAAAAAAAUAUUGAAAAAGAAUAUCCUAAUAUACUGACGGUUGCAGAUGAUGAUGAUAUUAGUUAUUUAGACAGAUUAAAUAAAAUACUUAAGGAAACUAAAAAAGAGGUCAGCAACGACUUUACUCACAAUUUACAGGAUCCAAACAUAUCGGAUGAUGAAGAGUUAGAAAAUGAGAUCAAAGUUUUGUCUAUCCCAGAAAAGUCAUUAUCAAAGUUAAAGAAAGAAAUUUUUGAAAAGACAAUUGUAAAAAACUGUUGAGCAGUUUAUUAUUUGAAAAUGAUAUUUUAAUUUAUUAUAACUUUUUUAUUAUUAGAUACUUUUCUAAAUAUUUUUUUAAUCUAUUUAAAGUUCUCAGAUAUGAUAAACAGGAGUGCCUUAAGAGAAAUAUUAAAAUUUUUUUCUUGCUUUAUUGAGUUUAAAAAGCUUAAAUUAAAGAAACAACUGACG